AUGUCUUCCAUUAACUUCAACCCAUUUGGUGGAAACUGGUUUCCAUUCUCAAAACCACCAAACCCUCUCCCUCUCCCUCUCCCUCCUCUCAACUCCCUCUUCAAUCUCUCCCAAUCUCCCUCCAAUUUUGCAUCCACAUCUCUCUCCUCCUCCACCACCACCACCGCCGCAACCACCGCCAUCACCGAUGAAAAAGACCAACCCGGUCCAUUCACUAAAAUGGUCCAACAAUUCUUCUACGAAUGCGAGAAUCUCCCCGACCACAGACACACGCCACAGGUUGAAAAAAUCCUCAACGAAAACGAUGCGUUCGAAUCAAACCCUAACGCCACGGAACAAGAAAUGAACGAGAAUGAAGAGUUUAUGGAAACAGUGAGGAACAAUCCGGUGAUACAGUUUCUGAUGAGAGCGGAGUUUAUUGUUGAUAAGAUGCAUGAGAUUGAGAUGAAGAAGAAUGAGAAGCCGUAUAGGAAAGAGGACAGGGAUGUUUGGAAGAAGGUGCCAAAUGUUAUUGGACUUGACGGAAGGCCGAUGCCGAGGAAGUCACAGUCCAGGUUCACGGGGCAUGCUAAGUUUUGGGAUUUUGCUAGACAGUUUUAUCUUGGGAUUUGGGGGUUUUGGCAGAGGCCUUAUCCUUCUGGGAAACCUAUUGAUGCUGCUCAAACUAUGGGAUAUAAGAGGCUUGAGAAACGAUACUAUGAUUUUAUCAUGAGGAGUGGUGUAUGGUUCUACAAGGAUCGGCUGGGUCGAACACGAGGGCCAUUGGCAUUGCAUACGCUUAAAACUGCUUGGGGCGGUGGGGUUAUUGAUAAAAACACUUUCAUUUGGGGUGAGGAUAUGGAUGAAUGGGCGCCCAUCCACAUGAUUUAUGGAAUGGAGCGUGCAAUCGCUACUUGGGAAGUUCGACUUGCUGCUUCAGCAACAGCUUUCUUUCACAAACUACAAAAAGGUAUACCACCAUGGGUUCCUCUUAAGGGAUUUGAAAGGAAGUCUUAUAAGCAGCUUCAAGAAGAGGCAAUAGAGAGCAAGAGGCGUGAUUUAGCAGUAAUGGAAGCUAAUGAUGGUAUUUGGCCUGGAGUUAGAAUUCCAAGUCAUGCCCUGUUUCUUUGGGCUAGUGGCUCUGAACUGACCCCUACUUUGGAACAAGAUCACAUGCCCAACAAGUGCAUUCCCAAAGAUCUAAGGCAGCAGUUGGCUAAACUGAUUCCAGGAUUGAGGCCAUGGGAAGUUCUGAGCAUAGAACAAGCAAUGGAUCACAUAGCAUUCAAUGGUGAAUGGUACCGUGAACCACUUGGUUCGUACAACACAGGUCCGCCAUUCCUCAGACGCUGGAAUAGGGACGUGCAGAGGUUUCAUGAAGCGGUUUAUGGCGUGAGCGGUCUAGCACAUCAAGCAUUGAUGGCGAGAUUUCCUGGCUAUGAGAAAAUUGCCAAUAAAGUCCUGCAGGAUUUUAAAACAAGAAUUGUGGAAACGAAGAAGAAGAUGAAGAGAGAGGCCCGCCUUAAGAAGAAGUUGCCUAACAAGUAA